AUGCUUCCUGAUGACAAAGAACUCUUCGGAGAAAAACCAUUAAACAAGAGAAAAUUAAAUAACGAGGAAUCCUGUGAAAGCGAUGAUGAAGAAGAGGACAGUAAUUCUGAGCAAGAAUCCCAAGAUUCCGAUGAAGAUAGCCUACAGUUAAAAGAAUAUCUAACAAAUGCCAUUAAUAAUAAUUAUAUUUAUAGAGAUGAAGAUCCUGUAAAAACAAAUCCAAAUUUCGUUCCAGGCGGAACAUUGAAAACUCUCCUCAAUGAACAACCUGAAGAAGUUAUUGAACUCAUACUAUCGUUUAUGCCAAUACAUAAGUGUGUUGGUUGUUCGAGAGUUUCAAGGAAAUUCAGACAAGUUUGGUUGAGAAUGCCUUGUGGAAUUGUUGCUACUUGCGAAAUGCAAUUAGCUAAAUACAUGAACACACAUUCGGAUAGAGAAGUUUUAUUGAAUUCAUUUGUUGAAAUGAAGGGACAAGCCCUUUAUAUGAUAAAUAGAGCGUUUGAUAAAUCGGAAAAGGAACAACGAAAGAAAUUGCAUCAAAAAGCACUGGAAGCAGGAAAAAUAGAAGUUCUCAAAUUAAUGGAACGAGCAAAAAUUAGUGAUCCCGAUAGAUUUGAAAAAGUGAAACACAUUUUCCAAAAGAUGCAACAAUACGACGUGAGAGAUCGUCACGAUUAUCACAGAGACACUCUAAUUUGGUAUGGAAAAAGUCUUGUUAUUAAAUUCGAAAAGGGUGGACGUAUUGAUUAUAUUCUGAAGCAUUAUGUAGAUAGUGGAAGUGGUUACAAUGAAAGUGAGGGCGAUUGUACAGCUGGAUUGUUACAAUCGUUGGGAGCUUCAAAAGAUGACAUUCUUUGGAUUUUGAAUCUAAUUUUUGAUAAAAAGACAGUUCAUUACAGAUUGGAAGGAUUAAUAGACGCUGAAGAGAUUUCAUGGUAA